AUGGGUGACAUGAAGACUCCGGAUUUUGAUGACCUUCUGGCAGCGUUCGAUAUUCCCGACAUCGACACCAACGAGGCCAUCCAUUCUGGCCAUGAGGAGGCUGACAGCCACAUCAAGCAGGUCCCAGGGGAGCCUGGACCCCCUGACCACGUGCUGCCCCACGCAGACAUCACAGCUGUCAGUGUGAUCGUGAAGAACACAGUGUGCCCUGAGCAGCUUGAGGCUCUGGACGGGCGCAGCAAGGAUGGGCACAGCAUUGGCCCCCGACUGCUGCAGAACGGCUUUGGGGCCACUGAUAUGCCCAGAUCCCCCACUUCCAGGUCUGUGGAGGCUGUGGUAUCCUCCAAUGGGGAAUGCUGGGUGAAGGAGAAAGGCCCCAAACCCCUGGAUCUUUUCUCCCAUUUUAGCCCCGAUCCCAAUGAAGACAGCGCUGCCAACCUGAUUGACAGACCUCAGGAGUGCAAACUGAAGGAGAAAUCCCUGGCUGUGCCCUCCCUCUCCCCAUCUCCCACCCCAGCCCUGGACUGCAAGGAGCCCAUGGGAGAGGGCACAGAGAACCUACCCCCAGCUUUCCCACAGCCCUUUGAAACAAGCCAGGGAGGAGGUGCAAAUGGGUCCUCUCCCAUCCCUUGCAUCAAAAAGGAGGAGUCUGACUCAGAGGAGGUGUGCCGCGAGGCCAACCCCAAGGGCUUGGCUGUGGCCUUGGGUGACAGUCCCUUGGAGCACCUGAAAUCCGUCACUGUUCGCUACUCCACGGAUGAUUCUCCCAUCACAUCUUGGCCUGGAUCCAAUCCAAACCUGGACAGCAGCACCAGCAACAUGGCCGAGGUGAAGUGCUCACCCACCAGUCCCCGUGAGCCCUUCUUCAAGCCUUCGUCCCCAGUGGUACAGAGCCCAAGGCUCCCAACUUCUCCAAAGCAGCUGGACAACAUCACCCUCAAGGAAGAGCAAGAAGUUCGGGAUAGGUCAAUGGGAAGUCCACAGAGCAUGUCCAGCGCUGAGGAAGAGGAAGAAGACAACAACAAUGAUUCCCCUUCUUCCAAUUCCUCACGGCCACUCAAAGUGCGGAUUAAAACCAUCAAAACAUCUUGUGGCAGCAUCACCCGGACGGUGACCAGGGUCUCCUCAGACUCAGAGCCAGCUUCCACCAAGGGUGCAGCUGAGCAGAGGUCCCAGGAGACCUCUCUGGAGGGUUCCAGCUUGUCAGCAUCAGCAGAGAAAGAGGAAGGGAUCGCACUGGAGGUCUCCAAGGAGAAACUGGAGCUCUCCAGCCCCUUGAAAGCCAUUGAGGGGCCCAAAAUUGUCAGUGUUCAGCUUGGCAACGGCACUAAGCUCAAAGGGACCGUUCUGCCCGUGUCCACCAUCCAGAAUGCCAGCAGCGCCAUGCUGAUCGCCGCCAGCGUGGCCCAGCAGAAGUCUGUGGUGCUGCCAGCCAAGACGGGCAAAGCUGUGACCAAAAACAUCAUCAACCUGGUGCCCCAGACCCUGCCCAAGGCUGACACCAGGACCAGCAUCAGCACUGUCACACAGACCACCACCAUCACCACCACAGCCAACCAGAAGGUCAAUGGCACCACCGUGGUGAUGGUGCAGCCGCAGAAGCCGUCGCCAGCCAUCGCCAGCACCGUCAUCUCCAGGAGCCAGUCCAGCCUGGUGGAGGCCUUCAACAAGAUCCUCAACAGCAAGAACCUCUUGCCAACAUACAAACCCAACCUGAAUCCUCCAGCUGACGCCAGCCUCUCGCUGCCUCCCUUUGGAUAUCGCUGCCUGGAGUGUGGGGAUUCCUUUGCACUGGAGAAGAGCUUGGCCAGGCACUAUGAUCGUCGCAGCAUGCGCAUCGAGGUCACCUGCAACCACUGCACCAAGCGCCUCAUCUUCUUCAACAAGUGCAGCCUGCUGCUACAUGCCCGUGAGCACAAGGACAAGGGGCUGGUCAUGCAGUGCUCCCACCUGGUCAUGCGGCCCAUAGCCUUGGAUCAGAUGAUUGGGCAGCCGGACAUCACCCCCCUGGUCUCAGUGACCUCCUUCCCUGCCAGCAAGGUGGCUGGCGUGGCUCAGGAUGCCUUUGUCAUGGCCAGUGGGGCUCAGGACCUGCCUAUCCUGCCUCUGGGCAGUGGUUCGGAGCAGAGCAACUACAGCUGCUUCAGGUGCCUGGAGUGCAAGGAGCAGUGCAAGGAUAAAGCUGGGCUGGCUGCACAUUUCCAGCAGGCAGGGACCACCGGGACCACCAGCAGCACGGUGUGCACGACAUGUCCAAUGAUCAUGUCCAAUCGCUGCAGCUUCAAUGCGCACCAGCGGAUGCACAAGAACCGACCACCCCACGUGUGUCCUGAGUGUGGUGGCAACUUCCUCCUGGCCAACUUUGAGGCACACCUGAAGGAGUCCUGCCUGCACUUCUCCCGCAGGGUGGGCUACAGGUGUCCCAGCUGUGCUGUGGUCUUUGGUGGGGUUAACUCCAUCAAAUCCCACAUCCAGACGUCCCACUGUGAGGUGUUCCACAAGUGUCCCAUCUGCCCCAUGGCCUUCAAGUCGGCUCCCAGCGCACAUGCGCAUGUCUACACACAGCACCCAGGCUUCAGUAACCAGCAGUCCAAGAUGAUUUACAAGUGUGCAAUGUGUGACACAGUCUUCACCCACAAGCCCCUGCUCUCCUCCCACUUCGACCAGCACCUGCUCAACCAGCGUGUCAGCGUCUUCAAGUGUCCUGACUGCCCGCUGCUCUUUGCCCAGAAACGCACCAUGCUGGAGCACCUCAAGAACACUCACCAGCCCCAGAAGACCAAGGAUGACCUGGCAAAGAAGGCAGCUGUCCUGCUGACACCGAAGCAGGAGCCCAUGGAAAUCCCUGUGUCCAAGAUUUCCGAGGAAUCGUCAUCUUCCACGGAGGAGGACGACCCCCCCAGCUCCCCAGAGCUGCGCAAGACCAAGCGCAGCCGCUUCCAGCGCAAGACGGUCAACAAGUCCAAGGGCAAUGGGUGGACCUGUGGUGUUUGCCACUCCUGGUUCCCAGAGCGUGAUGAGUAUGUGUCCCACAUGAAGAAGGACCAUGGAAAGUCAGUGAAGAAGUUCCCAUGUCACCUGUGCGAGCGUUCCUUCUGCUCUGCUCCCAGCCUCCGGAGGCAUGUCCGAGUGAAUCAUGAAGGAAUCAAGCGUGUCUAUCCCUGCAGGUACUGCACGGAGGGCAAACGGACCUUCAGCAGCCGCCUCAUCCUGGAGAAACACAUCCAGGUGCGACAUGGGAUCAAGGUGACCGACCAGAUGAAGAGCCAGGAGGUUGUUAUUGCCCGGAUUGGGACCGGCACCACACAGGUGUCUGGCCGGAAGAGGAAACUUUCCUCAGACGAGGGUGACUCCUGCAGUGAGGAGCCUGACAGCACCACACCCCCCUCCAAGACCCCCAGGGGUGACCGCAAGGCCCCGUUACGCUGCCGCAAGUGCGGUUACCUGGCCAGCAGCUCUGCUGACUUCCAGGAGCAUAUCCCACAGCACCGAACUGACGAGAGCUCCCACCAGUGCCGUGAGUGUGGGCUCUGCUUCACUUCCCAGGUGUCCCUCAACCGCCACCGCUUCAUCACCCACAAGAAGAAGAAGGGCACGGGGGACACAGAGGAGGCUGUGCCCUGCAGCCCACGGGAUGGGGGCAGCCAGCAUGUGGCCGGCGGCAAACUGAUGUCAUGCAAGGUGUGUGGCAGAUGUUUCGACAGCCAACUGAACCUCAAGACACACUUUCGCACCCAUGGGAUGGCCUUCAUCCGUGCCAGGCAGAAUGCCAGUCCUGAAAAUUAG